UGGCGAGCGCCGGCUCGGUCCGGUUCGAUCCGGUCCGGCCCGGUCGGGCCCCGCCUCAGGAUGCGGCGCGCAGGCCUCGGUGAAGGAGGACCCGCGGGUUUCCAUGGCAACUACGGCUACCCCAGCAGCGGCUACAGCGCGUGCGAGGAGGAGAACGAGAGGCUGACGGAGAGCCUGCGCUCCAAAGUCACAGCCAUCAAAUCCCUCUCCAUCGAGAUCGGCCAUGAAGUUAAACAUCAGAACAAGAUGUUGUCGGAGAUGGUCUUCUCUGUGCUCAUCUUGGGGUACCCACCCCCUCCUUGCUCCUGUUCGCCCCACUUCUCUCGCCUCCUCCUCCUCCUCCUCUUCUCCUUUGCCAUCCCUCCCCCUUCCGACCGCCAAGGGGGCAGAUAACGGAUUCGGAGUUCGAUUCGACCACUGGCUUCCUGGGGGCCACUCUGGGACGGCUCAAGGUUUUGUCCCGGGGCAGCCAGACCAAGCUCCUGUUCUACAUGAUGCUCUUCGCCCUCUUCGUCUUCUCGGUCGUCUACUGGAUCAUUAAACUGAGGUGAUG